AUGGCCCAACCUCAAGGAAACCUCGCAAACCUCCUCCCCCCCUCGUGGAAGACUUCCGUCACUGCCUGGCUCGCCGAGGAUACUCCCUCGUUCGACUAUGCCGGCUUCGUUGUCGGAGACGAGCCCCGCGUCGCGACCCUCUGGGGUAAAUCGGCUGGUGUCAUUGCCGGCCGGCCCUUCUUCGAUGAGGUCUUUACUCAGUGCGGCUGCACCGUCGAGUGGCAUGCCGACGAGGCUACGGCCGUUGAUCUGAGCAACGGCAAGCACCGUGUCGCCACUGUCAAGGGACCCGUCCGCGGAAUCCUCCUCGGUGAGCGCGUUGCUCUCAACACACUCGCGAGAUGCUCCGGUAUCGCUACAAAGAGUCAGAGGCUAGUGAUGAUCGCCCGCAAGGCUGGAUACAAGGGUGUCAUCGCAGGCACAAGAAAGACAACCCCCGGGUUCCGUCUUGUUGAGAAAUAUGGCAUGUUGGUUGGAGGCGCCGAUGCGCAUCGCAUGGACCUCAGCGCCAUGGUCAUGCUCAAGGACAACCACGUUUGGAGCCGAGGCAGCAUCACCGAUGCCGUCAAGGCUGCCAAGUCUGUUGCAGGCUUCAGCAUGAAGGUCGAGGUUGAGGUGCAGAGUGAGGCCGAGGCCGACGAGGCCAUUGAGGCAGGUGCCGACGUCGUCAUGCUCGACAACUUUACCGGCGAUGGCGUCAAGGUUGCUGCGCAGAGCCUAAAGCAGCGUUGGCAAGGGAAGAGGCACUUCUUGCUCGAGGUGUCAGGAGGCCUGCAAGAGGACAACUUUGAGGCCUACUUGUGCAAUGAGGCAGACGUGGAUAUCCUAUCGACGAGUUCGAUUCACCAGGGUGUACCGCAUAUCGAUUUCUCACUAAAGAUCGAGCACUAG